AUGGGACGAGUAAUUUCAUUGAAACACAGCCGAGAUGGGAAAAUUAGAAGUGUUAUUUUAAAGCUACCCUCCGGAAGAGUGACGUCAAGACCUCUUCAAUUGUUGGUUCCGUUUGAGGUACCAGAGAAAAGGAGAACGUCGGUGAUGGGAAUGAUGAAAACAUGGAUGACCGCAAUGCUGCUCAUGACCUUGCUCGUGCCAGCAAACGGUGUCAGAACGUUCGAUGAGGCAGCCAGUGAUUGGCAAAACAAAAAGACAACUACAUCGACAACCGUGUUUACAACAAGCUCAACAAGUACAGCAAAACCCACAAUAGCUACUACAAGUAGAUCGACAAGGGUAACAACACAGACUACGGAAACAACGAAGAAAACGAUACCCACUUUCCCAGUGAACCCACGAGAAACAACAAAAGCCACGACAGUCGCACAAGCCCAAGAGGAAUUGAGGAAAGAAAGAGGCGGAGCAAAAGAGUUUCCACAAAUAACUAAGACAACUAUCUCGACGACAAGAACAAGCACUCAAAGUAUUACAUCAAAAGACGAUCACAAGCAUCGGUAUCCGGAAGAUCACGUGCUAGAUUUUGAAGAAAUGGAAAAUUUGUCAAGUGAAGAAAAACUAGUUGAAACGAAAGAAAAAUUUCAUGUCGAUGAGAUUCAUCAAGCUGCUAAAGGAAAAGAGCACACCAAAUCGGAUAUUCUAUGUUCACAAGGAGGAGCUUGUCACAAUAAUGGGCUUUGCAAAGAUGGGCGAUGUGCAGCCGUCACGAAAAAUACAAUCGUGCCAGAAUUGAGUUAUGCAUCACAAUAUCCGGGAGCCACCUACUGCACAACGAGUUGUGGAGGUUGGGGACGCUCAUGCUGGUCACUCGGAGAAGGUUGCUUGUUCCAUCGCACGUACGCUCAAGUCACCAACUCAACAGUCUUUGAAAUCUUUGAUUGUCAAAUGUGGAAAGGAAAGACAGCAAUAAAAUACUCGCGGAGAAACCCAAAGAAUUUGGAGAAGAUAAAAAUGGUGAUGCUAAAUGUCGGUGAGACACUCAUGGAGACUAAUGCGCUCGGAGAUAUGAGUGUGACUUUAUUGGAUGCAAAAGUGCAAAGUGGAAAUUCCUAUCAGCACGAGAAGUUUCUGAAAAGCGGUGAAUCGCUAGCUAUUGCUGAAAAGGACGCACCGGAACCAGCGUUGACA